AUGAAGAGGCAGAACCAGAGCAUGGUCACUGAGUUCAUCCUUAUAGGCUUCUCAAACCUGGGGGAUCUGCAAAUCCUGCUCUUCUGUAUCUUCCUGCUAGUCUACCUGACCACUCUGACGGCCAAUGCCACCAUCAUGACUGUCAUUCGCCUGGAAAAGGCUUUGCACACCCCUAUGUACUUCUUCCUCUUUGUCCUUUCCUGCUCUGAAACAUGCUACACUCUGGUCAUCAUACCCAAAAUGCUAACCAACCUGCUGUCCACAAUUCCAACCAUCUCUUUCUCUGGGUGUGCUGCCCAGCUCUAUUUCUUUGUGGGCUUGGCUUGUACCAACUGUUUUCUCAUUGCUGUGAUGGGCUAUGAUCGCUACAUUGCCAUCUGCAACCCUCUUAACUACACACUCAUCGUCAGCCAAGCCACCUGUAUACAGUUGGUUCUGGCCUCCAGUUUUUGUGGUUUCCUGAUCUCUGUGGUUGUCAACAUCCUGGUGUUCAGCGUGCCCUUCUGUGCCUCUAAUCGCAUCAACCACUUUUUCUGUGACAUUUCCCCUGUCAUAAAACUGGGCUGCACAGACACCAACCUGAAGGAGAUGGUCAUCUUCUUUCUCAGCAUUCUUGUAUUGCUGGUUCCCUUUGUGUUGAUCUUCAUCUCCUAUGUCUUCAUCGUUUCCACCAUCCUCAAAAUCUCCUCAGCGGAGGGGCAGCGUAAAGCCUUUGCCACCUGUGCCUCCCACCUCACGGUGGUCAUUGUCCAUUAUGGCUGUGCUUCCUUUAUCUACCUGAGGCCCACAUCCCUGUACUCCUCAGAUAAGGACCGGCUUGUGGCAGUGACCUAUACUGUGAUCACCCCCCUACUCAACCCCCUUGUCUACACACUGAGAAAUAAAGAAGUAAACAUGGCUCUGAGAAAGGUUCUGAGCAGAUACGCAUUUCCCAAAACACUCUGA